UUUGUAUAUAUAAGUGUGUGUGUGUCGGUCUCUCCCGACUCGAUCAGAAACAUGUCCCUGCUGCUGCUGCUGCUGCUCGGCCUGCUCACCCUGAUCCUCUGCGUCCUCCGCGGCAGGAAGAGAAGAGCGGGCGAACCUCCGCUCAUCAAAGGCUGGAUUCCUUUCAUUGGAAAGGCUCUGGAGUUUGGACACGAUGCCCACACAUUUCUGGAGGAACACAAGAAGAAGUUCGGAGACAUUUUCACAGUACGGAUCGCAGGUAAAUACAUGACCUUCAUCAUGGACCCUUUACUGUAUCCAAACGUCAUCAAACACGGCCGGCAGCUCGACUUCCACGAGUUCGCCAAUAAGGUGUCGCCUGGCACCUUCGGCUACCCGCCCGUCAUCAGCGUGAAAUUUCCCGGCAUGCAGGAGCAGAUCAAGCGCUCCUUCCAACUCCUGCAGGGAGACAACCUGUCCACCCUGACAGAGAGCAUGAUGGGUAACCUCAUGCUGGUGUUUCGUCAGGACCACCUGUGUGAUGGGCCGAGGGAGGAGGGCGGCUGGAGGAGCGGCAGCAUGUACGAGUUCUGUAACUCAGUCAUGUUCGAGGCCACCUUCCUCACCAUGUAUGGCAGGCCGCAGGCUGCCAGCCGACACGGUGGGAUGGGCGUGCUGAGGGAGGACUUUGUCCGGUUUGACAACAUGUUUCCGCUGCUCAUCGCUCAGAUGCCCAUUUGGCUGCUGGGACAGACCAAGGCGAUCCGCGAGAAGCUGAUCAACUACUUCCUGCCGCACAGGAUGUCGUGUUGGUCCGACACGUCACAGUUCAUCAGGAUGCGAUCGGAGUUGCUUGAUCAGUACGACACUCUGAGGGACGUCGAUAAAGCAGCUCAUCACUUCGCCAUCCUCUGGGCGUCUGUGGGGAACACCGUCCCUGCCUCCUUCUGGGUCAUGUACUACCUGGUGAGCCACCCCGACGCUCUGCAGGUCGUGCGCCAGGAGCUCCACGACGCCCUGAGACUCGCCGGAGUCGAGUUCAGCCAGGACAGAGACGUGACGCUCGGCAAAGACCAGCUGGAGAAGCUCGUUUAUCUGGAGAGCGCCAUCAACGAGAGCCUGCGCCUGUCCUCGGCCUCCAUGAACAUCCGUGUUGUUCAGGAGGACUUCAGUCUGCGGCUGGACGGUGAGUGCUCAGUGGCGGUCAGGAAAGGAGACGUCAUCGCCCUCUACCCUCAGAGCAUGCACAUGGACCCCGAGAUCUACAAGGAGCCACAGUCGUUCCGGCUCGACCGCUUUAUUCAGGACGGCACAAUGAAGACAGACUUCUAUAAAGACGGGCAGAAGCUCAAGUAUUACCUGAUGCCGUUCGGCUCCGGCUCCUCCAUGUGUCCCGGGCGAUACUUUGCCGUCAACGAGAUCAAACAGUUCCUGUGUCUGCUGCUGCUGUACUUCGACCUGCAGCUGGACGAGGAUCAGAGCAGAGUCUCGCUGGACAACAGCAGAGCCGGACUGGGCAUUCUGCUGCCCGCCACCGACGUACGCUUCCGCUACAGACUGCAGGUCUGACAAAGUGUGUGUGUGUUAUUCACACGCAGUAGAUGAUCUCUCCUCUGCCGCAUUCAGGUCCAGUUUGGCCAAAUGUAUGUUUUUAUAUUACCAAUGUAUAAAGUGAAAGUGUGUAUACACUGUCAGCGUCUAGACCAGCAGGUUGAGCAGUGAAGCCUAAUGCUGAAGUGCCAAAAACUGCAGUUCCACUAAUGGCCACUUGAGUCUCCAACAGGAGUCAAUCCCCUUAGACUUCCAUAGACCCUGAGAUCAUUUCCCCCUUCAUGACAACUGUAGUUGGGAUGAAUUUUUAUAUAACUCACCCGUCAUUAUAUGAAGGCUUAAAGUUACGCAUUAUUAAGGCGUGGCCGCUGAGUGAGGUGGACACGACGUCCAUGUUUUAUACAGGCUGUGGCGACUCGACCCUGCUCAUCGUUGCCAGAUGGGAAAUGUUAAACUAUCGUACCAGAGGCCUAAAAUGAUCAUAUUUCAGGGAAAAUGAUCAUACGCCAGUCAUAACCACGAUAACAAAUAGGCAUGAAUGUGUAAUCUUACAAGAGCCGUAUUUAAAAAACUUUUGAAAUACUUACAAAUCUGCACACAUCGUUUUUUGGGUUUGUUUUUUAAAAAACAAGCUGACGUAGCUAUGAUGGAAGGUGGUAUGUUGUGCAUGAACGUGCCGGAGCGCGUUUAUUGUAUGUGAACUGUGAACUGAAAUGAUCCGUCUGUAACUAAUGAACGUGAUCUCACACAUGACUGAUUUACUGCUGGCGCCAUUAGCAAUUCAGACGACAACGCAGAUACUGCUAGUACAACGGAAGCCUACAGUACAUAUCCUUCUCUGAAAGAGUUUUAUGGAUACAUUUGUACAGAACCCAACGGAACAUAUUAACAUUUUUGUUCCAACUAAGCCCGCCCGGUUUGAGGAAACAAGUGCAGACGUCUGACACAUCGGCAACAGAUUUGAAACGUCACAUUGAGCUAAAGCCGACCAGUCUUAGGAAACAUCGGCAAGUUCUUUUAAAUCCGAGUGAACUGAACUUUGAGCUUACACAACGCUGGCCUUCUAUCACAACGUUACAUUACAAGACAGCACGACUGGAGGCCUGGUCAUAUUCUGCAUUAAACAGUUCAGGCCAAAAACUUAAAUAAAUAAAGAACUGAACUCUUUGAAACUAA